CAUUUCAAAUUCUCGAAACCCGCUUGUCAACGGACCCUUCUAUCUAGCUGUACGGGAUCACGAAUGGCGACGAACAGUACUAUAGUGACGGGAUGGGUACCUGAACCAGAGGGCCGUGGAACAUUCGGCAUCCUAAGAAGUUGUAUCAUGACCCUAGUCUUGUGUGUCUAUACAGCACUGCACCUCAACAUCCCCGCACCCAAUCUGACGGCGUUUGCUGCGUGCAUGCGAAAAGGAAAGUGGGUGUUGAUGGGAUGUUUUGCUCCGGAACUCGUUGUCUUUGUUGCGUGGUGUCAAAGACGGCAAGCAACCCGCCUCUUGGGUCAGAUGAGGGAGGUGCCAGGAGACACAUACAGACUUUGGACAAUGACGCAUAGCUUCUACGCAACAAUGGGAGGAUUCGUGUUGAACACGGCGCAGGAAGGCCAAGACCCUUAUAUUCCGGGCUCGCCAAGAUUGUAUCUUCUCCCGGAGGGCACCGCGGCCCUGGCGAAAAUGGGACUCCUCCCCCCGGUGUCGAAAGACUAUAUUUUAGACAAGAGCAAUGCAGAUGGCCUUGCGAAGCUCAUCGUCGUUGCCCAGAGCGGCUGGUUCACGCUCCAACUGCUGACGAGGUGGGCCAUGAAGUUGCCUGUCACACCGCUCGAGCUUACCACCAUGGCGCAUGCAGUAUGCGCCUUGGCGACCUAUUUCUUGUGGUGGGAAAAACCUUUGGACAUUUGUGAUCCUACAGUCGUGGAUGGAGAGUGGGCAGCACCUGUGGCUGCUCUAAUGUGGAUGUUCAGCAGGCUGAGCAGCAAAAGAUUUGGCUCAAGACUGGGCGGAAACUCGUCGAGACCCUUGGCAGAAUGCGACGACAUCUACUGGAUUGAUGAUCCCAGAGCACUACUAGAUACUUUGCAGCCGCACCCUCUGGCUUCAUACGAGGACACAUCAUCCCAGAGCGUAAGCGCCGACCACGUCAUGCUAUUCGAUCUAUCACGCGGCUCUGCAUUCUACCGGAAACUCUUGCCAGAUGACAGCACUUCAAGGCAAUAUCCGUAUCCCAUAAGACUGGACCGUGUUACCCUGAGAAGAUGGGAGCUGUUUCGCCAGUGUAUCCGCGACUUUCCAGAACUCCCGUCUCUCCUCAAGCGCGCUACAGUCACAUCACCCAUGGAGCAUAUAUGUCCACCGCUUGACCCAUCCGGACCUGUGUUACACGCACUGCGAGAUCAUAUCAGAACCGUUUCAGGCGGCCCAGGCAUGUGCGGGGUAGAGGAUAUACAGUACAACUACACCACCCGUAUCCUCCGGAACUUGGGUCUUGAGCUCCUAAUCGUUCUCGUCGUCUGUGCACUCGCUUACGGAGCGAUACACGCAGCAGCUUGGAACGACCACUUUCCAUCAGGACAUGAGCUUGUUGUCUGGAAGACAUCUUGUGUAUAUGUCGCGACCUGCGGACCUGUGGCAGCAACUCUCUGGCUGGUCUUCUUCUCUGAUGCUGUCCUGGACAAGGAAACGAUUAAAGGGGAAAUCGGUUGUUCAGGGAAUCACUGGUUCUGGAUCUCCUGGAUUCAGAUUGGCUUGUUCUUCCUGGCAUUUCCCGCCGCCGUCUUCUAUGUCUUGGCUCGUAUCUACCUAGUCGUGGAAGCGUUUGUUAGCCUGAGAAGUCUCCCUUCUGGAGCCUACAGCAGCACUGAGUGGACGCAGUACUUACCACAUCUUUAA